CAGCAAGAAAGCGAGGUGAGCAGGAUUGCUAUCUUCGUGACAGCUUUUCCGCUUGGCAGGCUGCGUGUGAGCCGGGGAACUGGACUGGACUGUGGUGUUUCGUGGAGGAGGUGGGAAAGGAGUCGGGGGAGCAGGAGGGAGAGCUGAGAGGCAAGCUGGACAGAUGGAGGACGGCAUCCAACACCUGGGACACUGCAUGGUUGACAUGAAGGAACUGCGCGCCGACCCUGAAGGACUGAUUGCUGCCGGUGUUAUUCUCACGCCCAAGCUGCCUCAAGUCGAGUUGAGCCUUGCCUGUAAUGAUCUGGUGGCCUCCGGCAGAGACAGGAAGCCCAAUGCUUUGGUCCAGGUGGCUGUCAUAGAUCCACACCAGCAGCACCUCGUCACUCAGUCCUGCACAGAGAUAGUGGAGGCGAACAAAGACCCACUAUUUCUGACGGGGGUGACCUUCCCUUCAGAGUACCCUGCUAGCCCGGAGACACUAGUCAAGCUAACUGUGUAUGAUUCAAAGGACAAGAGCCAGGAAUCUAGCAACUUCCUGGGCAGUGCCACAUUUUCUGUCGGUGAUCUGCUGAGGGCUAAAGAUGAGCGGCUGACCUUGAGUCUUAGGUCAUCUGAUGGUGUGUGCGCAGCAGGAACAGUGGUGGUGAGUCGUCUGAAGAUGGGGGAGAUGGAGGAGGUUGAUGUGGACCACAUCACCACUGACAUUCCACCACAGAAGUGUCCCUUGGUUUGUGAUUCUGUGUCCCAUGCCUGCGUCGACAGAGAAAAUAACCCACUUACAGGACCAGUGUUCAAGAACCCGGUAUGCAAAGUGUACAGAUUUCAAACAAUGGACAGCAAGUGGAUGCUGGUGCGGGAACAAAUGGAGGAGUGCACGUUGUCCUUUAGCAUCCCCAGACAGCUGCUCUCUCUGUACAUUCAGGAGGACAUGAAUAGGGUGCAGGACCUGAGGGAGCUGGGGGAGCUGUCUCCUCAUUGGGACAACCUCAGGAAGGAGGUGAUGGCGCGGUAUGGUGGAAUCAUCGGCUAUUACCAGGAGACUUUGGCUGAGCUGGACAAGAUUACCGGUCGCUCAUUCAAGCCAAGCUGCUGCAAAGCCCAGAAAUCUCUGGAGUUCAUCCCAAUAAACUUGCACACGCAGAGGAUGAGGGUGACAUGCCCCAGAAAAACAGGGAUCCUCAGCAGGCUCAGACAGGGUGCUUCGUCCUCACCCAGGCUCAAAGAUGCAUUCUAUGACAUUGUCACCGUCGGUGCCCCUGCAGCCCAUUUCCAGGGCUUCAAGUGUGGUGGUCUGCAGCGUCUGCUCAGCAGAUAUGAAGCAGAGAAAAAGAGUUUCAGCACUGCCUACCAGUGUAUCUACUACUCACCAGAGCACACAGCCAAAGCUCAGGAGGUACUCAGCACCGUGAGCCUCCUCCAGCCCCUCAUCACGAGCUCAGCGGACCAGCUCCUCCAGGCUGCCCAGGAGCGCUCUUCAACUGGACUAAAGGAUGUGCUCAAGAAGCUUUCUGACAAGACAGAGCAAUUUGUUCACACACUUAAGGAUGAAUUGGUCAAGAGUGCACUGCUAGCGCUGCAUGCAGCACAGCCCGGGUACGUUUCCAAGAACCAGAAGCCAGCACAGGCCGGCCAACAUCAAGGUCACGUCCACCAGUGCAGCGAGCAGAAUCCCAGCCCGGUGCAGGGACUCCCAGGCCACAGUCCAGCGACGUCUGUCACUGAGAGCACGGUGAUGUGUAAUAAUGUGGAUGGAUCACAAACCACGACAAAAGGAGAAGGUGGAACUCUGCCCCUGAAGCACCAAGACUCCAUACCGCACCACCAAGAGUACGACGAGGAGGAAUGGGACAGGGUGUGGGCCAACGUGGCCAAAUGUCUGAACUGUGUCAUCGCCAUGGUGGAUAAACUUCAGGAGGAAGAUAACAACAGACAGGAGCCGGUCCCUGAGCAGCAGCUGGCUGAUGUCAUCACCUCACACAACCCUGGUGACUGGAAGGAGCAGCUGUGUCCUCUGGUGACCAGGUUAAAGGACUGUGUGAUGGAGGUGGUGGAGAAGGCCAAGAGAGCCAUGACCUUCGUGCUCCUGCAAGAGGCGGCCUGCAGCAUCCCACAGGGCUUCCUCCUCCAGCAGAGGCGAGACGUGGUCUUCAGUCAGGCACUGGCAGCCUUAGCCUGUGGUUUCGCCAUGAGGCUCUAUGCAGGAAUGGAGGACAAAGGAUUCCUGAGGCAGCUUCACCUGGUCGGCCUCGUGGCUCAGUUUGAGAGUCUGCUCAGUACCUACAGUGAAGAGAUCGGGAUGCUGGAGGACAUGGAGGUGGGAAUCUCCGACCUGCAAAGAGUUGUGUUCAAGAUCACAGAGGCCAAGACAGAUGACCUCAGUGACCUCCAGCCUUUAGUGUGUGGCCGCCGAGACCAAUUCACUGUCGAAGUGCCAUUACCAAGACUGGUUUUCCAGACGUUGCCAGAGGAGAUAAAGGAGGGCAAACCUCUGCACGUGUUCCCGGUGCUGUUUAACGUGGGCAUCAAUGAACAGCAGACUAUAGCCGAGAGGUUUGGAGAUAUCUCCCUACAAGAGAGAAUAAACCAGAAGAACUUUGAGAUGUUAGAAGCCUAUUACAAAUCCUUGAGUGAAAAGGUGCCACUAGAAUGUCUACCAUGUUUUCAAACGCAGACCGACGUUAAGGAAUUACUUGAAACCCUGGGCCAGAAUGUAGUCACAAAGAAGAGGAAGAAUGUGGAGAUACUAUGGAUUGCUGGAUCGAUCUGCCGAAGGUUAAAUGGAAUCAGGUUCACCAGCUGUAAAAGUGCCAAAGACCGGACGUCCAUGUCUGUCACACUGGAGCAGUGCGCCCUCCUCCGGGAUGAACACCAGCUCAGCAAGGAUUGCUUCAUCCGUGCUCUGGAUUGUAUGCGGAGGGAGGGCUGUCGUAUUGAGAACGUUCAAAAGAACAUUAAGUGCAGGAAAUAUGCCUUCAACAUGUUGCAGCUGAUGGCCUUCCCCAAGUGCUACCGACCACCGGAGGGGACCUACGGCAAAUCGGAGUCGUGAGGGGAGCGCCUGCUGCGUGACCCCCCCCCCCCACACCCCCCACGGCAACCUGCUGGGUGUUUUGUCUUGAUUGUUUUUUUGGUUGCUUUAGCGUUUCAGGGUGAAUGUAUGUGUGUUCAGUCUCAGUUCAGAGUGUGUCAUGUGCAGAAUGAAUGCACUCUGACCUUUUCUUGCCUUAUUGAAUCCUCCACGGCCUGUGCAGUGACAAUCAGUAAAAGUGUGUGUUCAUGAGUAUUCACCUCGAUGUAUGCGCAUGAAAACUGUAUCUUCUGCAAACAUUUCAAUGAAAAACAUGAAGACCGAACUUCCAUGACACUUCCAGCCAUUUCAGUGGAGUGACCGCUUCUCUCCAAAGGGAACUUGAACCUUUUCCCGGCCUCAGACUGAUCAGUCGGCGACUUUCUCCUAACGGGAGCAGCGUGACGUGUCCUGGUCCAAACUUUCCAUGUAUCGUUGAUGUAUUUUACAUUACAUUACAUGUCAUUUAACUGACGCUUUUGUCCAAAGCGACUUACAUUUUUUUUUAGAACACUCAGCAUUUCUGAGGGGCCAUUUAGGGGUUCAGUAUCGUGCCAAGGACACUUAGGCAUGCAGAUGGGAUUCGAACCGGCAACCUUCUUGUUGCAGAACACCUGCUCUAUCCCCUAGGCCACGCUCUCCCCCCUUAAAUUUUCAUUAAGGUGGAACCCGUCUGUCCCGGAGGAAUUGAACAAACACUCCAUUGUUUCAAAGCAGAAGCUGAAUCCCGUCGUCUGUUGAUGAGUCAUAUUCUCUCACUGGUUGCACUCAAAGCUUUUUCCUUAAUAUGUUUGAAUCCCGAGGCGCAGCUCAGAGAAAUCAUGCAAAGGACAGAUGGACUCUAGGAUAGGACCAGAGGGUAACGGGCCGUCAGGUCUUCAAACAAAUCCCAUUAUUUAUUUUUGUAUUUUAAAGGAUUUUUAUACUUGGACCUGGAUGCAUGUUUAAACUGUAUUUGUUUAUAUACACGUUCACAAAUGUCUAUUUAUAAUGGAAUAAAGAGAAUAGUUUGAUGUGGACGUUUGUAUCGAUGUCAUCUACACAAUGUUGCUCAGUUUCACAUUGUGCAUUUAAUUGAAUUAAAUGUAAUUG